ACAAACAGAGAAAGAUGAGCAUUUCAGAAAAUAUAUUCUUUGAGGAAUAUAAUGACCAUGAAACCCAAGGACCUAGGUCUAGAGCAGUGGUUCUCAGCUGGGGGCAAUUUUACCCCCCAGGGGACUUUGGGCAACUUCUGGAGACACUUUUGCUUUUCUAAUCUGGCCUUCCUCUACUUGCAAAUACUAUUUAAUCUUCCUAAUUUCUACCACAUUUUCCCCUCCCUUCUCCCUGUCCUUUUAGCCACCACUCACCAGUAAUCAGUCCCUCCCUGGCUUUUCCCCUCUUGGUUCCUCUGUCUCCUUUGUCAUGGUUAGGUGGCCACAGCAAGGCAAAGAGGACGUCCAGAUUGUUCCUAUCCUUUAUAGGGUUUUAGUAUUGAUCAUGGAAAGACUUGCUGGCUCUGGGGCCUUCUUUGCCUUGGCGGUGACCCAGUGUGGCAGAAUGCAAUGUUCUGGUUUGGGGUCUCAAGCUAAGGGCUGGUGAGGAAGGCUGCAGAAGUAUAAAUCUUCAAAGUGAAUAUGUCCCAAAGGGGCUGGAGAGUUGCACCAACCUUUAGGGUCUUGAUUUCCCUCAGUGGUUCCUACAUUUCAUGUAACUGUUUUCUAUAAUUUUUUUUGCACUUUUAAAAGACUUUUUAUAUAAAUGAAUUUAUAGGUUAAUCAAAAAUUUUUGUCAUAACAUAUAUCCCAACUUUUGGUUCAGAAAAUGUGGCCCCCAUGCCCACUGGGAAAUGUUGGGAUCUCCAUGAAAGAGGUGGCUGGAUGAAAAAGCUCAUGGCUUGAAGGUGGGAAAGAAAAAAAAAAAAGAAAAGAAAAGAAAGUGGAAAACAAAUUAACUUGUUACAGGAUGGCAUCAUGGUUUCCUGGCAUGGUGUUGAGUCUAGAAAUCAGUUGUGCACAAGGUGUGCCUCAGUGCUCACUAGAUAUGCAGGAGAACCUGGUCGUGGUGGUUGUGAACUGCUUCACUGCUUCAGAAUGUCUUUCUUCUGUUUCUCUCCAGCAACAGUUGGGCAAGAAUAUCAAGUUUGGGCAGCGGCCACUCAAUGCCAUUCCCAUGAAGAAGGCGAACAGUGGAGAGGCUAGCUUAGAAGAGGAUCUGUUCCUGACCAGUCCCAUGGAAAUUGUGACUCAGCAGGACAUCAUCCUCUCAGACGCAGAGAACAAGCCCAGUGAUACGCCAAGUUCUCUAAGUCCUCUGAAUCUCCCUGGAGCUGGAAGUGAGAUGGAAGAGAAGGUUGCUCCUGUUAAACCGUCUCGGCCAAAAAGGCACUUCUCUUCUGCUGGCACCAUCGAAAGUGUCAACUUAGAUGCCAUCCCCCUGGCCAUCGCUCGCCUGGACAACAGUGCCGCCAAGCACAAGCUGGCUGUUAAGCCAAAAAAACAGAGGGUGUCAAAGAAGCACAGGCGCCUUGCCCAGGAUCCACAACAUGAGCAAGGCGGCCUUAAGAGUCGACCCUCCCUGGACCAGAACGGACACCCAGGCGAGGACAAGCCAACAUGGCACGAAGAGGAACCCAAUCCGCCGGAUUCCGAGGAAGAGAGAAGACGCCAAGAAGACUACUGGCGAGAAUUGGAGGCCAAGUGCAAGCGGCAAAAGGCGGAAGCAGCCGAGAAGAGACGCCUAGAGGAGCAGAGGCUGCAGGCGCUGGAGAGGAGGCUUUGGGAAGAGAACAGAAGGCAGGAGCUCUUGGAGGAGGAGGGCGAGGGGCAGGAGCCGCCUCUAGAGAAGGAAAGGGCGCCGCGGGAAGAGCAGCGGCGGAGCCUGGAAGCGCCAGGUUGGGAGGACGCCGAGCGGAGGGAGCGUGAGGAGCGCAAGCGCCUGGAGGCCGAGGAGGAGCUCAGGCGUCUGCAGGCCCAGGCCCAGGCGGAAGAGAGGCGGCGGCUGGAGGAGGACGCCAGGCUGGAGGAGGACGCCAGGCUAGAGGAGCGGAGGCGGCAGGAGGAGGAAGAAGGAAGAUGCGCGGAGGAGCUCAAAAGGCAGGAGGAGGAGGAGGCUGAAGGAUGGGAAGAGCUGGAACAGCAGGAGGAGGCGGAGGUGCAGGGGCCGCCCCAGGCUUUGGAGGAGAUUGGGGAGGGCCGGCGGGGCGCGGAGGAGGAGGAUCUGGGGGAAGAGGAGGAGGAUCUGGGGGAAGAGGCGGAGGAUCUGGGGGAAGAGGAGGAGGAGGGCCAGGCGCAUCUGGAGGACAGGAGGGGCCAGCUCAGUGAGCUUCUGAACGACUUUGAGGAGAGGCCGGAAGACCAGGAACACCUGCAACCGGAAGGACAAAGAGAACACUCCGAGGAGCCAAGCAUUGGCGAGGAGCAGAACCCAGAGGCCGAGCGGCGAAGAGAGCAGCAGGGAAGGAGCGGGGAUUUCCAGGGGGCUGAUCGUCCUGGGCCCGAGGAAAAGAGAGAAGAAGGGGACACGGAGCCUCUCCGGAAACAAGAGGGGCCCGUGGAAGCCGCGCAGCCUCCGGUGGAGAGGAAAGAAGCCGCCGCCCUUGAACAAGGCCGCAAGGUGGAGGAGCUGCGGUGGCAGGAGGUGGACGAGAGGCAGACCAUGCCCCGGCCCUACACGUUCCAGGUGUCCUCCGGGGGGAAGCAGAUUCUCUUUCCCAAAGUCAACCUGAGCCCUGUGACACCCGCAAAGGACACGGGGCUCACCGUUGCCUCCCAGGAACCAAAGGCCCCCAAAGCCAGCCCAGUCCAGCACGCCCUACCGUCGUCCCUGAGCGUUCCCCACACCGCCAUUCUGGUCACGGGCGCGCAGCUCUGUGGCCCGGCCGUCAACCUGAGCCAGAUCAAGGACACCGCGUGCAAGUCCCUCCUGGGCUUGGAGGAGAAGAAGCACGCGGACGCCCCAGCUGGGGAGAACCCUCCCCGAGGCCCCGGCGACGCGCGGGCGGGCAGCGGGAAGGCUAAGCCCCCCCAGGAGUCUCCCAGCAGCGCGUCCGCACUCGCAGAAUGGGCUUCCAUUCGGUCCAGAAUCCUGAAGAACGCUGAGAGUGACCCGCGCAGCAGCGAGAGGGACCAGUCGAAGCCCGGUGAUGAGUCCACUCCCAGGGGCCGGUGUGAUUCCCGCGGGAACCUCCGGAAGACUCCGCCAGUCAAUGCAAAGUUUUCUAUUAUGCCUGCCUGGCAGAAAUUUUCCGAUGGUGGCACGGAGACCUCCAAACAGAACACGGAAGCUGAAAGCAUACGAAAAAGACCCAUGCUGGGACCCAGCGAAGAUACAGCCCCCCAGCCUCCUCCUGCUGGUGUUCGCGAGCUCGGUAAGGGUCCGGAGAAGUCGGAGAUGCACCGGGAGCCCGCAGACACCACCGAGGGAUGCAAAUUUGCCAAAGACCUCCCGUCUUUCCUUGUCCCAAGCCUUCCUUACCCUCCGCAGAAAGUGGUGGCCCACGCAGAGUUCACGACCUCGUCGGACAGCGAGACUGCAAAAGGGAUAGCAAAGCCAGACCCUGUGAUGCCAGGUGGGGAGGAAAAAACUUCACCGUUUGGAAUAAAAUUGAGAAGGACCAACUAUUUGCGCUUCAACUGCGACCAACAGGCAGAACAGAAGAAGAAGAAGAGGCACAGCAGCACCGGAGACAGCGCGGAUGCAGGGCCGCCUGCAGCGGGGAGCGCUCGUGGAGAGAAAGAGAUGGAGGGUGUGGCCCUCAAGCAUGGUCCAUCCCUCCCCCAAGAGCGGAAGCAAGCCCCUUCCACCCGGAGGGACUCCGCUGAACCUGCCAGCAGCCAGACCCCGGCUCCGGAGCACGACAAGGCCGCAAACAAAAUGCCACUGGCACAGAAGCCAGCACUGGCUCCCAAGCCCACCAGUCAGACCCCACCAGCAUCCCCACUUUCCAAACUGAGCAGGCCCUACUUGGUAGAGCUGCUGUCUCGUCGAGCGGGGAGGCCGGACCCAGAGCCAAGUGAGCCGUCCAAGGAGGGCCAAGAGAGCAGUGACCGCCGGCCACCCUCGCCCCCAGGCCCCGAGGAAAGGAAGGGACAGAAGAGGGACGAGGAGGAAGAGGCGACAGAGAGGAAACCUGCUUCCCCACCUCUGCCUGCCGCUCAGCAAGAGAAACCUUCUCAAACACCCGAGGCCGGGAGGAAAGAGAAGCUGAUGCUUCAGAGCAGGCACUCCUUAGAUGGCUCCAAACUUACAGAGAAAGUGGAAACUGCUCAGCCGCUGUGGAUAACGUUAGCACUGCAAAAGCAAAAGGGGUUUCGGGAGCAGCAGGCUACGCGGGAGGAGAGGAAGCAAGCCAGAGAGACCAAACAGGCAGAAAAGCUCUUCAAAGAAAAUGUCAGUGUCAGCCUGCAGCCUGGAAGCAGCAGUGUCAGCAGAGCAGGUUCCCUGCACAAGUCCACCGCUCUGCCAGAAGAGAAGAGGCCCGAGACUGCAGUGUCCAGGCUUGAGCGCAGAGAACAGCUGAAAAAGGCCAACACUCUUCCUACGUCUGUGACAGUGGAGAUCUCCGACUCAGCUCCCCCAGCACCGCUGGUAAAAGAAGUCACCAAGAGGUUUUCCACCCCGGAUGCUGCCCCCGUGUCAACAGAACCAGCCUGGCUGGCUUUGGCCAAAAGGAAAGCAAAGGCUUGGAGCGACUGUCCACAGAUUAUUAAGUAAAGAGUGACUCUCACCCAUCCCUACUGCCAUUUAUUGGCUUCCUCUCUUGCCCUUUUUAUUUAUUUAUUUUUUAUAUGGGGUAAAGAAAUCAAGCUAGGGAAAAGAAGCAUGUUUUAUAGGCUCCAAAAUAAUGUUUAGAAACUGAACUGGUGGUGUUCAUUGUAAAGACUGGAUUUGCACAACCCUAGGUCCUGGUGCCUUGAGCUCCUCCUAGUUCUCAAGAGAAAAUUCCGUCCACAGGACCACAUGAAGCAAAAUCUCUAAGCUAAGAACUCCUCAUGAGAGCCUGCCAUGCCCAUUCCAUGGCCUUGCACACACACACACCCCCACACACCAUUCAGAACAUGUACUUUUGCCAACCUUUUGUAAUGGUUUUUUGAUUCUAUGCACUAAUUUUCUUUGUCCAAAACAUUUACUCUACCAUAUGUUUGGGAAUGUUUAUCCUUUCUACAGUAAUGGUGAAAGGAUCAUAUCUAGCUAAAAGCAAGAACGCCCAUUCUCCUGAAUGCGGUGAGUAAUUGGGAAUCACAAGGAACAUUCUGGCUCCCAACUGAGCCCAUGUUAGUUUUCAUGAGUUUUCCCCACUCUCAAGCUGUAACCCAGAAGGCACAUCCAUUCACAUUUUUUUUUUUUACCGCACUGUGGAUUCGUAGUGUGAGGCCCCGUUAUUCCAAUACCCUCCUUAAAGAUAGGCGAAGCAUUUGGCCCAGUUGGCUCCCAGCGAACAUUUUAAUUUAAUGUAGUGAAGAAAGACAAUUCUAGAUCAGAGCUACAAGUUCACUUUCUGUCUCUGAGAAUCUCCAUCUAGGGCAGUAGUUCUUAUGAUGUGUAGGCUCCCUCCUAGGGCCUACUCAAUCAGAGCCUGUGGGGACUGGGCCAGGAAUAUGUAUUCUGGCAAAAAUUCUUCAGGUCAGUUCUGACAGAUCCCAAAGGUUAAGAACUGUGAGAAACACUGAUCCUAAUGUAAUCUAGUUUUUCAGACUUCGAAGGGGAGGCUCAUGCACUCAAAAAGCAACAGUGAGAUAGGAAAAAUAAUAAAACAACCCCCUAAGCCAGCCAUUUGUUACAAGAAAUAACAGGUUAUUGACAUUACAUGUUUGAAAUUCCCUUUAGUCUUUAGGGAAAAUUAACAGGAAGCCAAGAUUUGGAGCCUUUGUAAUAAGGACUUCCUGCAGAAAGUCUUUUCUUUACUAUAACUGAGUAAUUCAUAUUUAGAGUCAAAUGUCCAGUAACAUUUCUAAUUUUGAGCAUUCACCUUGCUACCUUUAAAAAACAUCUGAGUUUUAAGUGGCCUUUUUAUCAUCAUCAUACACAUGUGCAUACAAAGAAGGAACUUGGCAGUUUAAAAUUCACAUAUAUUCACUCUUAUUUCCCUAAAUUUACUUUACAUGAAACAUACAUAGACAUACUGGCAAACUCACAUAUUGCUGGUGCUAACCUCAUAUUUCAUAGUGUUGGCAUAUUCCCCUUUUCUUAGAUUCUUACUCCAAAAUAUAGGUACACGUCCUUUGCUCUGUGCAGAGGGAAUUACAUCCUUUUUCCUCUCCUACAAAAACAUGCUUUAUUAAGAAGUAUCCAUCAUUACUUUCCUUUAUGCUCACUCAAUAUGCAAUGUGCUGUUAUUCUACCGUGUACCUUAAAUAAAGGAUGAUGGCAAAGUUA